AUGUGGAGGGCAGCCUGCGUAAAACCUGCAGUGGAGGAGCCGCUCGGUACUUCCGCUGCCGUGGCGGACCAGGACCUGGUCGCGCCGGAGGAGCCCGACGGGGCCGUGCCAGAGGACGAGGACCUCGCGUACGACUGGGACUUCGGCAGCCAGGAGGGUGCCGCUCGAGAGGGGCCGGCGGCAGACGAGGCGGGCUUCGAGGAGGUGGACGUCGAGGAGGAGGAGGAUGAGGACCUUGCAGGCGGGGGGGCGGAGGCCGAGCGGUGGGACCCCGAGGAGGGCGAGGAUGCUUUGCCCGGCGGCGACGCCGCCACCGCCGAGGCCGCGUUCGAGGCGAUGAACGCGGAGCAGAGUCAAGAUGGAGAGGCCGAGGAGGCGUUGCUCAGACGGUUGCGAGCUGCAUUGGCCAAGUGGUUCAGCGACUCGGACUUCGAGCUGGAGCCCUUCGGCUCCUUCGUGACGCAGCUGGGCCUUCGGGAAAGCGAAGAGGCUCAGGGCCGCAGCGAUCUCGACGUCGUGUUGCUCUUCCGUGGCAGCGCUGCCGACACGUUUGCGCGCAAGGAGGUGCGCGAUCGGGUCGUGGCCCCGACCAUCAAUGCGCUCGGGAGGUGGCUUCCAUCGCUGCCCGGGGUCGUUGUGAAGAACGUGAUCAGGCACGCUAGGGUGCCCAUCGUCAUGUUCGAGACGCGGGAGCUGUCGGUGGACAUCUCUGUGCAGCAGCCGUGGGGGGUCUUGAACUCCUGGCACCUGCGCGACCUGUGCAACAGCGGCUGGCCCGGCAGGCUGCGGGCGCUGGCACGCAUGGUGAAGCUGUGGGCCAAGUCCAAAAGCAUCCACACCGCCAAGGACGGGUCGCUGAGCUCCUACGGCUACAGCAUGCUGGCCGCCUCCUUCCUGCAGGGCUGCGGCGGCCUGCCGGCCAUACUGCCCCGCGCCGCGCGCGCGGACGGCAACCCGUACAUGGACGCAGACGAGGCCUUGGAGCACGUGCUCGGCGCCAGCGGCGGAGGCCGCCGGGGCCGACCCGCGGAGCUGUGGGCGCCGCCGGAGAGGUUCGAGCCCGACGAGCUCUCGGACGUGCAGGGCACCGCCCUGCCGGAGGAGCUGCGCGCGGACGUGACCUGGUCGCCAAAGCUCAACGAGCACUGGGAGCCUGGCAGGCAGGAGGUCUUCAUGCUCAUCGAGGAGCCCCUGAACGGUGAGAACGUGGCGAGGUGCGUCCGCGCCGAGGGCUUCUGGGCGAUCUUGGCGGAGGUGGACCGCGCCAGAAACUACCUCGCGACCGCGCGGGGUUGCCGAGACGGUGGCCUGGCGGCCUUCCAGGCCCUGCUGGGGCUGCCGUCCCUGAGCCACGCGAGGAGGCAGCUCCCCAACGGCGUGGGCCUGCCGGGCCGAUGGCAGGCCCCGCCGGCGGAGCGCGCGAAGCGCCCCCGCGCGGAGGCGGCCGGCGAGGCGCCGCCGCACAAGCGGGCCCGAGGACCCGCAGGCGCCCCUGCGCCCCCGCCGCUGCGCGCUGGCGCGAAGGGUGCCGGCGCGAAGGGCGCCGGCCGACUGCCGGCGAGGCCGCCGGCCGCGCUGGCGCCGCUGCCGCGGGGGCCGCGGCCGCCCGCCGCGCCGCCGUCGCAGGCGCUGCUGGCGCGCGCGGCGGGCAGCGGCAAGGGCGCGCCCCAGCAGCGGCUGUCGCACCCCGCGGCUGGGCCGCCCAGGCCCACGCCCGCCUCCAGCCGCGGCGCCGCCGCCGCGGGGCCCGCGGCCGCCCGCCGCACCGCCUCCCGGGCCGGCGUACAGUUGGGGCUCCGCCUCGCCCGUAAUUACCCGCCCGCAGCUUCUGGCCCCGUACUCGUGCCGCGGGGCCUCCACGAGCUGGGCCCGUGA